CGCGUGGGGUUAGCCGGGAUAAGCUGUAAAUCGGAGCGAUCCCAUUACUGCGUCACGCUGGAGUGAGCCCCGGAGCCGGCGGCUCGUUGCAGGUGAAUAUGGCACUGGCAGGGAGGCCUCUAGACGUGACCCUCAGCAGCUCCAGACCUGAGCAGUGGAAUAUGGUUUUUCCCCAGAAAGACGAAAUCAUCACCAGUUUAGUGUCUGCCUUAGACUCCAUGUGCUCCGCGCUGUCCAAGCUGAACGCCGAGGUGGCCUGCAUUGCCGUGCACGACGAGAACACCUUUGUGCUGGGCACUGAGAAGGGCAGAGUCUUCCUCAGCGCUAGGAAGGAGCUGCAGGCUGACUUCCAGAAGUUCUGCCGAGUCCAGCAGCGGAGGGAGCAGGACGCGGAGGCGCAGAAGAAGGCAAAGGAGUGCGGGCGAAGCGUGCUCAGGGUCUCCCCGGACCAGGGAUCAGACGUGUACCUCCUCAGGAAGAUGGUAGAGGAAGUGUUUGAUGUGCUUUAUAGUGAAGCGGUGGGGAAGAGCAGUGUGGUCCCCUUGCCCUACGAGCGCUUCCUGAAGGAGCCGGGACUGCUGGCGGUGGCCGGCUUGCCCGAGGGGAUCAGCUUCAAGAAACCCAUGGAGUACGACGUGAAGUCCCUGAUGGCCAUUUUAGAGCACAGCCACAGCAUCCGCUUCAGGCUAAAAAGGCCGGCGGACGAGCCCAGCAGAGAACCGAACCCUAGCGUAGAGUUGACUUGUACCUCCCUCGUGCCCAAGGGCGGCCGAGACCCCGGUGCCAACGGCCACGUGGCCAAACCCUCCGGCCAGGACGCUCCCCCCGCCGUAGCCGUGACCAAUUUCUUAUAUGGUGUCUCGCUGCCUACGCAGAUCGCCAUGGACCUAAAGCAAGAGGUGUCCUCCGGUCUGCACGGGGCGACCGCGGCCAGCGAGGUGCUGCUGCCCAGGCCCUCGGGAGAGCUGAAGGUGCCUUCCUCACAGGAGUACAGCGACUGCUGUGGACAGAAAUCAGCUGUCUCCGGGGGUCCUCUCAUCCAGAACGUGCACUCGUCCAAGCGCAUCCUCUUCUCCAUUGUCCACGACAAGACAGAUAAGUGGGACAGUUUUAUAAAAGAAACUGAAGAUAUCAACACCCUUAGGGAGUGCGUGCAAAUUCUGUUUAACAGCAGAUAUGCUGAAGCCUUGGGCUUAGACCACAUGGUCCCCGUCCCAUACCGGAAGAUCGCGUGCGACCCCGAGGCGGUGGAAAUCAUUGGCAUCCCUGACAAAAUACCCUUCAAAAGACCUUGCACCUACGGCGUCCCCAAACUCAAGCGGAUACUGGAGGAGAGGCACAACAUCCAUUUUGUCAUCAAAAGGAUGUUUGAUGAGAGAAUUUUCACAGGAAGUAAAUUUACCAAAGACCCAACCAAGCUGGAGCCCUCCAGUCCCCCCGGGGAGAUCUCCCCCGAGCCGCACCGCGGGGCCGCGCUGGACCUGGCGGGGACGUCGCAGGCCACCAGCAGGUCAGAGAAAUGCGGCGUUUCCGAAAGCUGCGAACCAGGUACCUCAGGAGAGCUGGGUGGGAUCAGACAGAUCAAAAUCGAGCCGGAUGAGCUGGACAUCAUUCAGAUCACUGUUCCAGACCGAUCGCCCAGUUCGGAUGAGAUGCAUGACCCGGUGACCACACACAUGGCCUCGGAGGAGUCGAGCUACAUCCUAGAAGCAGUAGCAGGGACGGAGAAGGGGCCUGGUGAGGAGUCACGGCACGAAGAGAAGCAGAUGGAGGGAUCAGAUGGUAUAGGGGACGUUUUAAGUCAUUUGAGGAAGCAAGUGGAAAUUUUGUUCAACACGAGAUACGCGAAAGCCAUAGGAAUAUCAGAGCCGGUCAAAGUUCCCUACUCCAAGUUCCUGAUGUACCCCGAGGACCUGUUCGUGGUAGGUUUGCCAGAGGGCAUCCUGCUGCGGCGCCCCAACUGCUUUGGGAUUGCCAAGCUGAAGAAGAUCCUCCAAGCAAGCAACAACAUCCAGUUUGUCAUUAAAAGACCGGAGCUGCUGGCGGAGGGCAUUAAGGAGAUGGCUUUGGACAGCCCGGGAGUUAAAGCUGUCAGCGAGAGGGACGGCGGUGACGCGCUGCUGGACGACGCCGUGAAGAGACAGGGCUUCCAAGAAAAUUAUGAUGCCAGGCUUUCCAGGAUAGACAUUGCUAACACACUGCGGGAACAAGUCCAGGACCUGUUCAAUAAGAAAUACGGUGAAGCCUUGGGGAUUAAGUACCCCGUACAAGUGCCAUACAAGCGGAUCAAGAGCAAUCCGGGCUCGGUGAUCAUCGAAGGACUGCCCCCUGGCAUCCCCUUCCGCAAGCCUUGCACCUUUGGCUCGCAGAACCUGGAGAGGAUAUUGGCUGUAGCCGAUAAAAUCAAGUUCACGGUGACGAGGCCUUUCCAAGGACUCAUCCCCAAACCCGCCCCUAGACGGAUAACGUCAUUGGAAAAAGCGUACGCUGCUUUGAAUGAUGAGGAUGACGCCAACAGGCUCGGGGAGAAGGUGAUUCUCCGAGAGCAAGUGAAAGAGCUGUUCAAUGAAAAAUACGGAGAAGCUCUGGGCUUGAACCGACCCAUCAUGGUGCCCUACAAACUCAUCAGGGACAGCCCCGACGCGGUGGAGGUCACCGGCCUGCCGGACGACAUCCCGUUCCGAAACCCUAACACCUACGACAUCCACCGGCUGGAGAAGAUCCUGAAGGCACGGGACAGCAUCCGGAUGGUGAUUAUCAACCAGCUCCAGCCCUUUUCUGAAAUCUGCACUGAGGCCAAACCAACAGAAAAAGACAGCAGUGUUCCCAAGCGGAAGAGGAAGAGGAUCUCCGAAGGGAACUCGGUAUCUUCCUCUUCCUCAUCUUCCUCUUCCUCCUCUUCCAAUAUGGAGUCUACGUCGUCAACAAAUCAGAUCUCGCUUGUGCAAUGGCCCAUGAACAUGUACAUGUUAGACUAUGGUGGUCUAAAUGUCCAGAUCCCAGGACCUAUUAACUAUUAGACCUCAAUACCGAAUAAGAACCUCAAAUGAAAGAAUAAAUAAAUAAAUGUAAUUUAUGUAAAAAGUGUAUAUUCCAAUAUGUAUCAAUGCCUUUUAGUUUUUCCAAUGAUUUUUACACUAUAUUCCUGCCAUCAAGGCCUUUUUAAAUAAAAAUAAAAAGUGUUGCCUUGCUCUUAAAA